AAAUAGGUAUAUUGAUAUGGUUAAUGAUAUAUACGAUAGUGUAAUGACUCUAGUGAGAACAACUGCAACUCAAUCACUGGAUGCCUACUUUAAGGUCUUGGGUUGAAUUUUUCGCAUCUUUUUACUGUGAUUAUGGAUGAAUGAAGUGGACACAUUGUAGUAUAGGUUGAUGAAACAAAAGUAGAAAUUAGCAAACUAGAAGAAUGGAUAGAGAUAUUAACGAGUGAACACUUGGUAUUGGGGGGUGGUGGAAAUUAGAAACAAUGUUAAUCAUAGAAUUAAAGCAGGAUAGACUAAGUGGAGAAAUACGUCUGGUGUAUUUUGUGAUCAAAGUAUACCUUUUAAGUUUACAAUAGUAAAAACAGAUAUGAUAGUUUACCGUUAAACACAAAAUAUGAUUCUUAAUAGAGCAUAGUGGAUAUAAGGCUUGUAUGGACGAGUCUGAGAUAGGGUUGCCUUUUGUGUAUGAAGAGGUUCUUCACAUCCCUACUGAGCUAACGGAUGAGCUACUUGUUGCCUCAUUGUUGGAUUAUGAUAACUCAUAUGAUGGGGGGAGUUGGCCAAGGUGGACGUGGCUUAGCGUCGGUUGUCGCGUGUUGUGGCUAGACUUGACAAGGGGUGUUGGCCAUAAUGGCCGGGCUUCUUUGUUUCGAGCCAACGCUAAGAAGGUUAAGCCAGCUAUGAGAAAUAGAAGUUUGAGAUUCUUCAUCAGGAAGGUUAUACCUUUUUUCUUAGAUGCCUGCCUCAAACAAAAAAAAAUGAGAAAAAAAGGUGAAUUCCUUCCCAACUACGAAAGGCAAUACAUUGUCAAGGAGAAGUUCUCCUUACAACUUAAUAUGCCUGUACUGGCCAAUGCUGGAUUUGAGAAGUGUGAGAUGUUUGUUGUGAAAAGUGAUUACCAGGGAUUCCUGUUAUAA